CACUCUCUCCCUCCCUCAUUCUCUCUCAGACACUUCACAAACAAGCCCAACAGACUCUGCUCUCUCCUUCUCCUUCUCUCAACUACUUGCGCUAAUUCCAAUACACAUUUCCCGAUGGAACUGCCGGAGUUUUACGUCGGCGGAUACUUCGACGGCCAGCUAUCCACCGAGAAGAGGCAGCUGGCGGACCAGAAGCCGGCCGGCGGCGAGCAAUUCACCAUCGACGACCUCCUCGACUUCUCCAACGAGGACGCUCUCGUCACCGACGGCUUCUUCGACAGCACCGUCGCCGGUAACUCCACCGACUCCUCCACCGUCACCGCCGUCGACAGCUGUAACUCCUCCGUCUCAGGCGGUGAGCCUCAAUUAUCCGGUAACCGGAGCUUCGGCGACUCUCAGUUCUCCGGCGACCUCUGCGUUCCGUACGACGACUUGGCUGAGCUGGAAUGGCUAUCGAACUUUGUGGAAGACUCGUUCUCAGUAGACAAAGACCUUCAAGCCCUUCAAAUCCUCUCCACAACCACCGCAAAACCCCAAACCCCCGAAACGUCCUCCUCCUCCGCCGAAACGCCGCAAAACCCGCCGCUCUUCCACCACGAGACUCCUCUCCCCGGCAAGGCCCGAAGCAAGCGCUCACGCGCUGCCCCCGGCGACUGGACCACGCGCCUCCUCCACCUCAUCACUCCCAACAACAGCAGCGAGCCCAAGCCGGCGCCCAAAACGACGACGUCGUCGCAGAAGAAGAGAGAAGGCGGCAACUGCAACUCGGGCUCGGACUCUUCGGGCCGGAAAUGCCUCCACUGCGCCUCGGAGAAGACGCCCCAGUGGCGGACCGGGCCCAUGGGCCCAAAGACGCUGUGCAACGCCUGUGGGGUCCGCUACAAGUCGGGUCGGCUGGUGCCCGAGUACCGACCCGCGGCGAGCCCGACAUUUGUGUCGGCCCGGCAUUCGAAUUCGCACCGGAAGGUUCUGGAGCUGCGGCGGCAGAAGGAGUUUCAGAGGUCACAUCAGCAUCAGUUUCUGAGCCCGAGUUCCAUUUUUGGCGUAUCCAACGGUGGUGGGGAUGAGUUCUUGAUCCACCACCGAGGUGCGAACGAUUUUCGACAGAUGAUGUAGGGAAUGCUAGAGUAGGGUAAGGUAGGGUGGACCUCUGAGGCUUUAACAAGAAUUUUCCAGCUUAAAUUAAAUUAAUUUGCUAAAUUUUGUUCUUAAAAAUUUGAAUUUGUAGUUAAAGGGUCAUUGAGCAAAAGUUGUAGAAUUGGGGGGAAAAAAAAAAGAAAAAA